AUUUUGUAUGACGUUGCAGUUAGUUUAGCAUCGGCGGCCAUUUUCUUGGUCGGAAAUUUAGCGAAGUGAAAAGCUUACCGAGAAAAAACAUCGGUCUUCAACGGUCAAUUUAGGUGAAAUUAUCGAAAGGGUCGAAUGUUUGAAAAGACUGUGUGAAAAGUGUUGCUUUAUUGUAAAAUUGGAGUCGAGGCUGACUGUAAACACGAAGUAAAGAUGUCUGACGACGCGGCGAGGGAAGAUGCCUGUAGAGAGUAUCAGUCCUCCCUGGAAGAUUUGACUUUCAACAGCAAGCCCCACAUCAACAUGCUGACCAUACUUGCCGAGGAGAAUCUGCAUUUCGCCAAGGAUAUCGUCGCUAUAAUUGAAGCACAAAUUGCCAAGGCACCUGCCCCUGAGAAGCUUCCAGUUUUGUACUUAGUGGAUUCCAUCGUGAAGAACGUUCGAGACGAAUAUCUUGCUGUGUUCGCUAAAAACAUAGUAAACUCAUUUAUAUUGGUUUUUGAAAAGGUGGAUGAAAACACUAGAAAAAGUCUUUUCAAACUGCGUUCCACCUGGGAUGAAAUUUUCCCUUUGAAGAAACUUUAUGCGUUAGAUGUCCGAGUGAAUGCAGUUGAUCCUGCUUGGCCAAUAAAACCUUUGCCACCUAAUGUGAAUGCCAGCAUUCAUGUGAAUCCAAAAUUUCUUAAGCCGUCUGAGGAAGUUACUGUACCAAGCGGAAAUGCCCAACAACCUCCAAACCAGUCGGUAGCGAAUGAGAAGAGUUUGACACAAGAACAAGCAAUACGGCAGCAAUUGCUUGCAAAGCAAAAGCAAUUGCUUGAACUCCAGCAGAAGAAGAUAGAGUUGGAGCUUGAACAAACAAAAGCCCAGUUGGCUGCUAAUCAGUUGGUAGCUGCGACAAAUCCACCUGUUAAUCCUGCGAACCAACAUGGUAUUGGAGCGAGAAACACUCCACUUCCUCCCGUGCAGUUUGGUAAACCCUGGCAUGUCAUGCAGCCAGAGAGCAAGAUGUCUACAAGAGACCCUCGCCUGAAUCGAGUGGGACCAACAACACAGCUUGUUAAGGAGCAAGUUCUAAGUAAAAAAGAUGGACACUGCAUGGCGUCAAGUGUACAUCCACCAGAGAAGAAAACAAGUGUGCCAGCUGAGAAAAUUAAAUUCGAAAAGUUGAAAAUACCUAAAAAAGAAUGUCCUGAAGAAAAGGCAAAGUCUAAAUCCCCUUCUCCACUAAAUAAAUUUCAAGGAAAGCCUAAAAAUUCUGAAAUGGAAAAUAUAAAGACAGGAGAAGUAAACAAGAGAGACCCAAGAUUAAGGAAACACCUUCAUGAUAAGCCUGAUGUAAAAGAUGAUGAAUGCAAGGAUAAGAAACGCUUCUCAGACAAAAAAGAACGCGACGACUCCACUCCAGGCGCAAGAUCAAUAGGUGGCAGAAAUAAACUACUCAAUGGUUCUGCAAACAAGUAUGACAGAAAUGAAACACUUGAAAAGUUGGAUUCCAAAACAAACAAAGCGAGUAUGAGGAGACGAUCCCGUUCACGGUCUCGUUCUCCAUUGUCACAUUCCCCUAAGAGAAAGGACAGGCGGUCACCGAAGAGGAGGAUGAGGAGCGUGUCGUCAUCUCCUCCAAAAUCUGGCAAAGGCAGGCAGUUGGGCGGAAAACAUUUGCAUCCCGAGGAAUUUUCACAGCAUUCAAAUAUAAGGGAAGAGCGAGCUAUUCCAAAAAAGAAUGUCAGUGAACCAAGACGACAAAAGAGAUUACUGGAGGAAAGGCCCAUUGACUCUCAUUCACCUCGGUUACCCAAUGAACUGAAGGAAAAUGCCAGUAAGAGAUGGAAAAGUGGAUGGGAAGAAAACAAACAUCUAAAGCAGCCUGAUGAAAACCUGGUACAGGGCAAGUCAGGGCAGGGGCCACAAAGACACAAACAAUCGUGGUCCAGCAACCAAAGAAUGCCUGUUUCUCGCAUACCUAAACAGCAUCGUUUGAGUGUUGAUGCCAACCUGCAAAUACCUGAUGUGCUGAACUCUGCGAGUAAACGAGAUCUUUUAAAAAAGGCUAGUAAAAGGCUGGCCGAGGGGGAGAUAUCCCAUGAUGACUUCCUCAAUGUGGCCCACCAAAUCAAACAGCUUUUUCAGUACCAAGAGGAAAAGCAAAGAUCGGACUCAUGGGAUGGGUCAAGUGAGGACGCACAGUUUGGGACCAGGAAAAAACCUUUAUUAGCUACGCCAUCUUCACAGCAGGGGAGUCUUUCGGAUGCUGAAAAAUCUUACUAUGAACAUAAAGCUAAGCUGAGAAGAACACAAGUCCAACACCAAGGAGGUAGAGACCAUCACUCACCUUUCAGUGAGCGAGUGCAACAUGGGCGACCUAUGUAUGAGGAUGAUGAGCAAAUGAAAGGUGACCCUGAGUUUCAGAAGCGAUAUGGAGCAAUGCCUGAAGGUAUAAAGGUGGAAGAUUCUGUGAAGCCCGUAUGUUUGAAACAUGAGGAUUUCACAAAAGAGAGACCCUCUUCUGACCCAGGCUCUUCAUUCAAGAAUUCUCCGAGCCCUGUUAACUUUGAUGGACUUUCUGGAAAAUCUCCUGUAUCAGGAUUUGAUUGCUCAGCUAACAUAGAUAUAGAGGGUCACCAAAUGCCCGUAAGAGAAUCUAGCCCCAAUAAAAGAUUUGGCAUUCCCUCUAGCUGUGAGCAUUCUGUUGCAGGAUGUGAUAGUGAAGUUCAGCUGAGUAUGGAAGUUUCCUCUGGUCAUCACGAUGCUUCUGGACAAGGAAGGAGUGGACAGCCAGGCCCGUUACUUUGCGAAUCUCCAGGACAGACGCCACCUCAUGUUCUGGAAGGCCCUCAUACACAGAGUGGUCUGUCAAGAUAUGAUGGUCCAAAAAUAGCACAGAGGUUUGAUGGCCAGCAGCCCUUGAUAUUUGAGGGAAAUACAAAUCAGCCUAUACUAGAUGGACCAACAAGACCUCAUCUACAAGGGAGAUUUGAUAAUUCUGGACCAGGAAGAUUUGAUGGCUCUUCAAGAUUUGAUGCUCCACAAGGUUCUGGAAGAUUUGAUGGUGCACCGAUCCAUAAAGGUCCUGAGAGAUUUGAUGGCUCCAAUCGAUAUGAUGCCCCCACAGUAUUGGCAGGUCCACAGAGGUUUGGUGAACCCCAAGGAUUAGGAAGAUUUAACGGGCCGCAUCCUCAGCAAGUUGCAGGUAGAUUUGAAGGCCCGGUUGGACAGCAAGCUCCAACCAGGUUUGAUGGCCAAAGUUCUGUCAUGUUUGAUGGCCCACAGAUGCAACCUAAUAGGUUUGAUGGGCCUAUGAGGUUUGAAGGUCCUCACAUGCAGCAGGGCCCUGGGAGGUAUGAAGGACGUUUUGUUGGCCCACAGGCCCAACAAGGACCAUCUAGAUAUGAAGGGCCUUCCAGCCAGCAGGGGCGAAUGAGGUUUGAUGGUCCUGUCAAUCAACCAGGUGGUAUACGGUUUGAACAUGGUCAAGGACAGAUUGGACCUAUGAGAUAUGAUGGACAACAGCAAGGCAUGGCAAGAUUUGACUGUGCGCCCAGUCAACAAGGCGCUCCCAGGUAUUGUGGUCCACUGAAUCUGCAAAGCCAGAUGAGACCACACUGCCCAUCCAUGUUUGAUAAUGCCCAGGGUCAAAACCAGCUGUCGAAUCCUGGGCCACAGUCCAACUUCAACAUGCCCAGCAACAGAUUUGCAGAGCCUCUGAAUGUUUUUGGAGCUGCACCGCAGUCUUUUCAAGGACAGCAGAAUUUGUCACAAGGACAUAAUUUUAAUGUUCAACCAGCAGCUGGAACGUCGGGUUUCUCCAACUCGUUUGUCAGACCUGUUUCAUCUUACUUUAAUCCUGGUGCUCCAGCUGGAAACAUGGGCACCACCGUUCCUGGUGGAAACAUUCAGCAGCCAAUGAAUAUGCUGCCUGGCCUGAAAACCCAGAUAUCUGCCCCAUACGGUCAAGGACAGCCCAUUGUACAGCUGCAACAAAAUCCUGUGCCUUUCAAUCAAACAGGUUCACAGUUUCCACCUGAAAGUCACUUUGGUCAGGUAGAUGUCAAUGAUCUUCUUUCGAAGCUCAUUUCCACUGGGAUAAUAAAGCCUGCUCAAACGGAUUCUACUUCAACUGGGAUGAAUACUCCACCUCAAAGCCAGCCGGCUGUGGAAGAGGAGGAGGAGGAGGAGCAGGGUGACGAUCAGAAUGUUCCGGACCUUACCGCGUUUGCCAUAGAAGACAUGAAACAGAGAUAUGACAGUGUCAUUACCAAACUGUACACUGGGAUACAGUGUUACUCCUGUGGCAUGCGAUUCACUGCCUCUCAGACUGAUGUCUAUGCGGAUCAUUUGGACUGGCACUACAGACAAAACCGAUUAGAGAAAGACAUCAGUAAGAAGGUCACACACAGGAGGUGGUACUAUAGCUUAAUGGACUGGAUUGAAUUUGAGGAAAUAGCUGAUCUUGAGGAAAGAGCAAAGAGCCAAUUCUUUGAGAAGGUUCAUGAGGAGGUAGAAAAGAAAACUCAAGAAGCUGCGAAAGAAAAAGAGUUCUUGAGUGUCAAAGCUGCUCCAGAUGUUGUUGGUGAGACCUGUGAAAUCUGCCAGGAGCAGUUUGAAAUGUACUGGGAGGAGGAAGAGGAGGAAUGGCAUUUGAAAAAUGCGAUUCGUGUGGAUGAAAAGACUUAUCAUCCAUCAUGUUAUGAAGACUACAAAAAUACAUCUUCGUUUGUUGAUUGCACUCCAUCUCCCAACAAAGCCCUUAUGGAGAACCCUUUAAAUGUGUUUAUCAAAGAAGAAAAUGACCCGUCUUCAUGUUCCAGUAUUAAGCAAGAACCAGACAUGCAGAGCAGCUGCACUGAUGCAAAUGCUGAAGAGGCAUUUCAGGUUAAGGUAGAAGAAGAGUCACAAGCCAGUGCAAUUAUUUUUUAAUAAUGCUGCUCCCCCCCCCUUUUAUUUUCGAGACAGUACUGUAAUUUCAUUUUGUAAAGAGAUUUUUAUAUUGGUGAGCUGAGGCAGGGACCUCAACUAUGCAUACAUUAAAUACAUUUUUGUAUUUGAAAUUGCCUGCACAUUCAGGUGUUUUGCUGUGAGAAUGCUCAUGAAAAUGUAUCUUGGAAAAACAUGUAUGUAUAAGAUUUAAUUUAUAAAUAAAGCUAUUUUUGCUAUUCUUUGUGUAAUAUUGGUAAAAGGGUAUACUACCACCAUGUUUCCUUUUACUUUGUCCUCCUCCACUGGAUAUUGUUGCAACUCUUAAAGCCAGUCACUUGUUCAGUUAAUACUUAGAGAUUUAUUCCAAAUUCUUCAAGAAUAGAGAAUGAUAAGGUAAGGUGUGACCCAGCAAACAAGUCCUAGCUUUGAAUUGCAGUACAAAGGAGGCCCUAACUCAUCAAUAAACAUUUUGAUUUUUCUGUGGUGUUGGUUUCUAAGUGUUUGGAAUUCUUCUCCCUUUUUCUUUUUCAGAGAUUUGAUGCAAGUGGUAUUUGCGUUAUAUUCCUGAAUAUUCAAUAAAAUAUAUAAAAAUUAGUUUGUGUGUGAAAUGUAAUUGUGUGAUUUACUGCUUCUUUGCUUUUCCAUUCUUGUAUUCUUACAUUUGUCAUGUGUAUAUAAAUAAAGAUGUGAAAUAAUGAA